GCGGAAGUUGCAGACAGAGCCCGUGUGGUUUGGUGAACCAGUGAAAAAAUAUAACCGUGGUGGAGCGGAAAAAAUGCUUUUACGUGGAAUAAAACAGCUAUAUAUCCCUCUAUCUGCCGAUCUCUCUUUGUGACUAGAACUGCCUGAACAGCGAGAGUGUGUGUGUGUUUCGGACCAGGGUGACUGUGUGAAGAAUACACUCUGUGUUUGCGAGGCCCUGUAGGUGACUCCUCCAGACCCCAGAGUGAGGAUUGUGUGUGACAAUGGGGGACAUCAGUGAUCUGGACAGACGGAUAGAACAACUUAAGCAUUGUGAACUCAUCAAGGAAAAUGAAGUCAAAGCACUGUGUGCCAAGGCCAGAAUCUCCCUGUAACACAGAGGGUGGAUUCUCCAGUUACUGCCGACUCAGAUUAAGUCUGAGGCCGGUAACAUCAACAGUGAAGACAAACCAAUCCUGUCACUCUCCUUCCACACUGAGUAGAAACCUACAGUCACUGGGUCCUGAUUGUGACAGUGGAGCCCAGUUUGCACCGUAGGAUCCAGAGAUGGCAUCAGUGAAGCUGGAAGACUGCAGUCAAACAUUGGAGCUGAAUGUCAUCAUUAAAGAUGAAGAGGAGGAGAACAUUAGGACAACUGUUAGUCAUGGCCGACUCAGAUUAAGUCUGCGGCCGGUAACAUCAACAGUGAGGACAAACCCAGCCUGCCUCUCUCCUUCCACACUGAGUCCAAACCUACAGUCACUGGGUCCUGAUUGUGACAGUGGAGCCCAGUUUGCUCUGCAGGAUCCAGAGAUGGCAUCAGUGAAGCUGGAAGACUGCAGUCAAACACUGGAGCUGAAUGUCAACAUUAAAGAUGAAGAAGAGGAGGAGAAGAUUAGGACAACUGUUAGUCACGGAUACCAUGUUGAGACAUUCUCUACAUCCAGAGAGCAACAGCAGGAAGAUCAGAGAGCUAAGAGGUCUCAUCACUGCCCACAUUGUGAACAGAUUUUCCCAUUUUUAUCAAAGCUAAAAAUACACCUAAAAAUACACACAGGAGAGAAGCCGUACUCCUGCUCUGACUGUGGAAAAUGCUUCAAAACAUCAACGGUGCUAAAACGUCAUCAGAGAACACACACAGGAGAGAAGCCUUUCUUCUGCCCUGACUGUGGAACUCGUUUCUCUCAGCUUUCCCACUUAAAAUCACAUGAACGUCUACAUACAGGGGAGAAGCCAUUCUCCUGCUCUGACUGUGGAAAACGUUUUAAAACAUUAUAUGACCUAAAAGUUCACCAGAGAACACACACAGGAGAGAAGCCUUACGUCUGCUCUGACUGUGGAAAAUGCUUCAAAACAUCAACUCAUCUAAAAGUUCAUCAGAGAACUCACACAGGAGAGAAGCCUUAUUACUGCUCUGACUGUGGAAAAUGUUUUAAAACAUCAAAUGAGCUAAAAGUUCACCAGACAACACACACAGGAGAGAAGCCUUUCUUCUGCCCUGACUGUGGAACUAGUUUCUCUCAAGUUUCCCACUUAAAAUCACAUGAACGUAUACAUACAGGGGAGAAGCCAUACUCCUGCUCUGACUGUGGAAAAUGUUUUAAAACAUUAUAUGAGCUAAAAGUUCACCAGAGAACACACACAGGAGAGAAGCCUUACUCCUGCUCUGACUGUGGAAAAUGCUUCACAACAUCAACUCAUCUAAAAGUUCAUCAGAGAACACACACAGGAGAGAAGCCUUAUUACUGCUCUGACUGUGGAAAAUGUUUUAAAACAUCAAAUGAGCUAAAAGUUCAUCAGGCAACACACACAGGAGAGAAGCCUUAUUAUUGCUCUGACUGUGGAAAACGUUUUAAAACAACAACUCAGCUAAAAGUUCAUCAGAGGACUCACACAGGAGAGAAGCCUUUCUUCUGCUCUGACUGUGGGGCGAGUUUCUCUCAUCUGAGCACCUUAAAAACACACCAACUUAUACAUACAGGAGAGAAGCCUCACGUCUGCUCUGAUUGUGGAAAAUGCUUCAAAACAUCAACUGAGUUAAAAGUUCAUCAGAGAACACACACAGGAGAGAAGCCGUAUUUCUGCUCUGACUGUGGAACUAGUUUCUCUAAAUUUUCCCACUUAAAAACACAUGAACGUAUACAUACAGGAGAGAAGCCUUUCUUCUGCUCUGACUGUGGGGCGAGUUUCUCUCAUCUGGGCACUUUAAAAACACACCAACGUAUACACACAGGAGCAAAGCCUUAUUCCUGCUCUGACUGUGGAAAAUGUUUUAAAACAUCAAAUGAGCUAAAGGUUCAUCAGACAACACACACAGGAGAGAAGCCUUUCUUCUGCCCUGACUGUGGAACUAGUUUCUCUCAACUUUCCCACUUAAAAUCACAUGAACGUCUACAUACAGGGGAGAAGCCAUACUCUUGCUCUGACUGUGGAAAAUGUUUUAAAACAUUAUAUGAGCUAAAAGUUCACCAGAGAACACACACAGGAGAGAAGCCUUACUCCUGCUCUGACUGUGGAAAAUGCUUCACAACAUCAACUCAUCUGAAAGUUCAUCAGAGAACACACACAGGAGAGAAGCCUUAUUACUGCUCUGACUGUGGAAAACGUUUUAAGACAUCAAAUGAGCUAAAAGUUCAUCAGACAACACACACAGGAGAGAAACAUUAUUACUGCUCUGACUGUGGAAAAGGUUUUAUAACAUCAACUCAGCUAAAAGUUCAUCAGAAGACUCACACAGGAGAGAAGCCUUUCUUCUGCUCUGACUGUGGGGUGAGUUUCUCUCAUCUGGGCACCUUAAAAACACACCAACUUAUACACACUGGUGAGAAGCCUUACGUCUGCUCUGACUGUGGGAAAUGCUUCAAAACAUCAACUGAGCUAAAAGUUCACCAGAAGACUCACACAGGAGAGAAGCCGUAUUACUGCUCUCAGUGUGGAACUAGUUUCUCUAAAUUUUCCCACUUAAAAACACAUGAACGUAUACAUACAGGAGAGAAGCCUUAUGUCUGCUCUGACUGUGGAAAAUGCUUCACAACAUCAACUCAUCUAAAAGUUCAUCAGAGAACACACACAGGAGAGAAGCCUUAUUACUGCUCUGACUGUGGGAAAUGUUUUAAAACAUCAAAUGAGCUAAAAGUUCACCAGAGAACACACACAGGAGAGAAGCCUUUCUUCUGCCCUGACUGUGUUAAAGGUUUUAAAACAUCUACUCAGCUCAAAGUUCAUCAGAGGACUCACACAGGAGAGAAGCCUUUCUUCUGCUCUGACUGUGGGGCGAGUUUCUCUCAUCUGGGCACCUUAAAAACACACCAACUUAUACACACUGGUGAGACUUAUACACACUGCCUUACGUCUGCUCUGACUGUGGAAAAUUCUUCAAAACAUCAACUGAGCUAAAAGUUAAUCAGAGAAUACACGCAGUGGAACUAGCUUCUCUAAAUUUUCCCACUUAAGAACACAUAUACAAUGGGGCAAAAGGGUAUUUAGUCAGCCACCAAUUGUGCAAGUUCUCCCACUUAAAAAUAUGAGAGAGGCCUGUAAUUUUCAUCAUAGGUACACUUCAACUAUGACACACAAAAUGAGAAGAAAAAUCCAGAAAAUCACAUUGUAGGAUUUUUAAUGAAAUUAUUUGCAAAUUAUGGUGGAAAAUAAGUGUUUCUAUGUCUAUUGUGCACGUUCCCUAAACUUGAGACAUCUGUGACAUUGUGUGUCCUUUUAUUGUCCCCCAGCACAAGGUGCACCUGUGUAAUGAUAUUGCUGUUUUAUCAGCAUCUUGAUAUGCCACACCUGUUAGGUGGAUGUAUUAUCUUGACAAAGGCUGAAAUGCUCACUGACAAGGAUAUAAAGAAGGUUGUGCACAACAUUUGAGAGAAAUUAGCUUUUUGUGCAUAUGGAACAUUGCAUUUCAGCUCAUGAAACCAACACUUUACAUGUUUAGUUUAUAUUUUAGUUCAGUUUUUAUUGGUAGGCCAAUGUAAUAUAAGCUAACAUACAAAUGGAGUGGAAUGGAUGUUUUUGACAUAUAUAAUACGUUUUGUCCUGAGACCAGGUUGUCCCUUUGCAGUAUUCUGUGGGAAGGAGCUUGGAGACACUUUUUUUAAUUAAACCUUUAUUUAUCUAGACAAGUCAGUUAAGAACAAAUUCUUAUUUACAAUGAUGGCCUAGGAACAGUGGGUUAACUGCCUUGUUCAGAGUCAGAACAACAGAUUUUUACCUUUUCAGCUCAGGGAUUCGAUCAAGCAACCUUUUGGUUACUGACCCAGCGCUCUUACCACUAGGCAACCUUCCGCCCCUAACAUGUAUCAGAUAGAGAUGGUGUGAUGAUCACUUUUCACCAUUAGUUUGGGGGGAUUAUUUUACAACUUUUGUUUAAUGAUACACAGUUUAUGAAAUGAAUACACAUUUAUUAAUUGUCUUUAAAACUAGAUGAGUUAUUUUAGUUACUGAUCAUGAAUGUGUUUGGAUUACUGCAUUGAAGCAAACUUUCUUGAUCUGCCAAUGAGAAAUAGGGUACAUGAAUAUGUACUGGUCAACCUCUUCUUCUCUUUAGUAUUCAGUUCUUCAUAUUAGAUCUGACAGUAUGAAUGAUUCUUAUGGUUGUAUUCAGUUCUUCAUAUUAGAUCUGACAGUAUGAAUGGUUCUUAUGGUUGUAUUCAGUUCUUCAUAUUAGAUCUGACAGUAUGAAUGGUUCUUAUGGGCUGAGUGCCUGGAGUGUUUUUGUAUGACUACAGUCAGGAGUUCUCUCUGACCCUGUGAUGUCACCAGCACAUUAAGUACAUUCAUCUUAAGAUAGCCAGGUGAGACAACCACAUAUCACAGUAAACACAUUUCUCCUCAAUUAGUCAGUUUCACAUUAUUAUUAUUAUUCUUUGUAUUUUGGGGGAGGGGGGGGUACUCUUUAAAGACGAAGGGUUUCAGACCUUUUGGGGCAGAUGGACAGGGCCUCUAAUGUCCUAGCAUCAGAGGGAAGCUGGUGCCACCAUUGGGGUGCCAGGACAGAGAAGUGCUUUGACUGGGCUGAGAGGGAGCUUGACCUCCUGUAGCAGUGGGACGGCCAUGAGACCAGAGGUGGCAGAACUGAGUGCUCGGGUUGGGAUACAGGGUUUCAGCUUGAAAGUAGAGAUGGGGCAGUUCCUCUUGCUGCACCGUAAUUAAGCACCAUUGUCUUGUAGUGGAUGUGAGCUUCGGCUGGAAGGCAGUGGAAUUUACGGAGGAGCAGGGUGACAUGGGGGAACUUUGGAAUGUUAAACACCCAGAUGGACUGCAGUGUUCUAGAUAAGUUCUGUGGCGACCCAUCAUUCAGGGCAGGUGAGCCACCUGUUUUGAGCCCCACAGUUAUAGUGAUAAAGUGUGAAAAAAAUGAUCUGUUUGCAACCAAUGUAAAAAAAACAUUUAUAAUUGAGUUAUUAAUAAAUCCACAAACAAAAAUGG